UUUGGACUUUGUGUACUAAUUUUGUUUUACAGCACAAAGUACAAGUACUGAAACAGCUCCUAUGUACAUCAUUAUAUAUAUAUACAUCUACAGACUACAUGUGCAUAGAUCAAUUCAUUGGAGGCACACCUGAUAACCACUAAGGCAGUAUGCCAAACUUCAAGAUCACACAGCAGCACAAAGCUCCUGUUGAGCCCGAUACUGAUAUCUUUAAUGCUGUAUGGCGAAUAGUCGAUCCUACGAAUGUAUCACAUGACGGUCAUGGUGUCUACUCCUACAUCGGAGAGGGAGGGAGUAGUGAGAAGGAUAUAGCAUCAAUACGCACCCUAAUCCCCCUGGACCCGGGCAAGAGUGAGGGAAUAUCCUCAUUUGAAGUCACUCUGCUGAACACUGGUGAAUUAAACUACCUUGCGAUGGGGUUGUGUGACUCUGCCUAUGACACGCAUCUGCUUCCUGGUUGGGAAGAAUCAUCUAUUGCUCUCCACACGGACGAAGGGAGCAUAUUUCAUUCCUCCGAUAACGCCAUCCCCCUCAACAAGGCGUGUAAAAAAGGUGACAUCAUUAAAGUAUCUGUAAAAAUCUGCCUGCAAGACCCGACCAAGGUGAUUGUCGAUUUCUUUUGCAAUCGUGAGAAUGUGUACCAAGCACAAACUGCACUCCCUGAAGGUGGUUUUUAUGGCAUAGUCGGCUUGAUGAGUGUGGGAGAGAGGAUAAAAAUAUCUCGGCCGAUAAUUUCGAAGCAACUCAAGUUCGAAGAAUUAUGGGAGGUCAGCACACCACGUUCAAUCACUCACCAUGGAAACGGUGUUUGCUCAUAUUCAGGUGUGGGAGACCUUAAAGAGAAUUCCAUUGGAACUAUUCGUAGCAAAUCCAAAGUUGAUCAUUUGGAGGACAUCGCAAAACGAACCCUGGAAGUGCGUAUUAUCAAUCCUGGUGAAUCUCGGUAUAUUGCAAUAGGAGUCGUGAGUGAAUCUUAUCCAACUCAUCUGUUUCCUGGAUGGGAAGAGCCUUCUAUUGGUUACCAUGCCGACAAUGGUAACCUUUUCCAUGGUACGGAACGGGUAACAAAUCGUCCGUGUAAAGCUAACGACCUCAUGAGGUGUACCCUUGACCCAAUCGACAAUAGCCCAAAACGAUAUCGAAUCACUUUCUUCCGAAAUCAAAUAGAGGUUGGCCAGGUGACUGCUUGGACCCCUCUGGGUGGCUUCUACUUUUGUGUCGGCAUGAUGAGCAGAUCUGAACAGGUGAAUAUCGUGCUGCCUGAACUGGCUAUUCCCUACAACCCCCCAUCUCGGAAUGUGCGUCAUGAGGAUUUCUGGGAAGAACUGACUCUGAACUUAGUUCACAGUAGACAAGGUGUGUAUGAGUAUGUUGGCCAAGGUGGACAAGAAUUUGUUGGUUCUAUCCGUUCCAAGCAACCCCUAGUUCCAUUCAAUAGAAAUUGCUGGCUUGAAAUGAAAAUUCUGAAUGCAGGAAAUAGUUGCUACAUUGCUCUAGGUGUGUGCAGCAAACUGUAUUCCCCCAACUUGCUGUUAGGCUGGGAAGAUCUCUCUGUUGGGUUCCACGCAGACAAUGGCUUGAUAUUACAGAGUAACUUGGGAGAGAUAGCCACCAGCCAUCCUUGCAAAGCUGGAGAUGUCAUCAGAUGUACAGUGGAGUGUAUUGAUGGUUCGGAUAAGCAAGUCAAAGUUUUGUUUCAUCGAAACGGCAUUCUAGCUGGGUCUGCAACAUUCUGGAAACCAACCAGCGGAUUCUAUGCUCAGGUUGGCUGUAUGAGUGGUGGUGAAUCGGUCAAGGUAAUUUCGUCGUCAAUGGGUCUACCGGUACUACAACACGGGUUGGCUCACCCUCCGGCUCUUGUACAAAAAUCUGCUAGUCAGCAAGCAGACAUCCUAAGAGAUCAACCCAUGCUUCCACACCCACACGGUCCUCCUCCACACCCACACAUUCCUCCAGGGCAUCUGUCCCGCUUUGGCAUGGGUGCUGCACAGUUGCCAUAUGAUCCUCGCUCGUUUUACCAGAAUCCUAUCUACCCUCCUAUGAUGCACUACCAAACCGCUUCACUAAGAGAAAGAUUCCAUCCAGAAUAUAGGUCACAUGGUACCUAUAUGCACAUGCAUCACCCCUUUGCUGGGCAAUUUCCUGGACAACUGACACGUCCGCCUCUCCCGUUCAACCUACCCAUGCAUAGUGACCUCAGUGCUUCGUACCCUGUUCCCACACGCUCACCAUCACAGCCUAGAAGGCAAAUAUCUGCUCAAGAACCUUCGUCAAUUAUGUCUCCUACCGACCAUCUGAAACGACUCAUGACUCAUCCCCAAGACACACAGACAAGCCGGGAAGGCGUAUUGAGUCUAAUUGCUGACCCUACUCAUCACUUGCAACGACUGGAAGACACCCGUGAAAGUGAACAUAGAAGAUCACAUCCAUCUGAGCAUUUGCAUCUCUACCAAAAUCCACCAUCUUCUUCUCUCCACGAUCCCCAAGACAAGCAACUCACCAAAAGAUACCCAGACAAAAGUCUCAAUGGAAAGAAAAGCGCUCAGUCACAAUCAAUGCAAGAAGAUAUGCAAGCUACUGAAAGUACUGACCUUGGACAUGAUACAUCUACUAGUGUUACAAUACUUGCCAUAGAAGAUGCCACAGAAGAUACCUCAGUGCCUCCAACAGUUACUGAUGACCAACCUCUGUUAGCUCUGCCGGAAGUUAAAGGCCUCCAGAUGGUGUCAGAAACUAUAACUCUAAGUAAAGAGCCAAAGACUUUCUCUGCUGUUCCAAAAUCUAAUGUUAGUGGGCCCACUUUUCAUACCACACAGAGAAAGAGUGCUGUUCGACCACCAUUAAUCUCACAAGUUAGUGUAUGCUCUACAGCAAAAACUUUCACUAAAGACGAAAAUAAACACUUUAAAAUCUUGCACGAAGUCAGGUUUCAAGACAGUAAUGGUCCGUUUGAGAAUUCUCUCUCAGAGGAUAAAACACUUGAAAAUGCAUUCGUUGUUUCUCGGCUCCCAUUGUCAGAGAAAAACCCAUACUUUGAAGUCGAGAUCAAACACAUUGGUCCCAACGGAAACAUAGCUAUAGGCCUUAUCUGGGAUAACUAUCCUGUGUUUCAUUUACCUGGUGCUCUUGAAGGCUCCAUAGCUUUUCAUUCACUGGCUGGAUCUGUCCUGAGUGGUGGCUCUGAAGUCGAACUAGACAAACCACGCACACCAAUUUCGUGCAAUGAGGGAGAUGUGAUUGGUUGCCGAGCUGUGUUAAACUACAAAUCAGAAGUGUCGAGCGAGAAAGAAAACUCUAUAGUAGUACAAUUCUAUUUUAAUGGCUGCCUUACCUCAACAUCUAGCUUGUUUCUUCCUCCAGCUGGGUUUUUUCCUGCCAUUGGUCUCAAGGGGUAUAAAUCAAGAAUCAAAUUCUCUCAAAACAUACAGCUCAGCCCUGAGACGUACUUCGAAACUCACCCGAUUCCAAAAGAUUAUCGAAACUUUCCUUCACCUCCACAUUUGAUUUCUGGUUGGCGGUGCCUGAAGAAUGCCGAAAUUCGAGCCGAUAACAUGAUGUGCUUAACAAAACACAGUCCUGGCAGUCCUGGAAUUAUUCAGAAUCAUGCUCUUUUAUCGAGAACGUCACCCUAUUUUGAACUUGAGCUUGAGCAUUCGAUGUGUAGUUACUCUGUGCUAGCCAUUGGGGCAACACCUAAGGUGAUUACUACAAAGAAAGUCAUUCCUGGUGAAGCACUUAAUUCUGUUGGCUAUCUUCCUCUGUUUGGUUUUAUAAUGAAGAGCGGCUCCAUCUCAAGUACAAUUCCCGAAAAGAUUAGCUCAGACCUCUUGUCACAGAAGAUACGGCUUGGGAUUGGUAUCGAUUUUGCAGCAGAUGAAACAAAUUUAGAUUCCUCUUGUGUAAGCGAAAAACUUGAUGCUUCCAUUGAUACUACUCGUUCAAAGAGAGUGAAAGUGUUUUUCACCAUAAACAGUCAGCAAGUCUGCUGUAUAUUCACAAUUCUUCCUGAAGACGGUCUUUACCCUUGUCUGGCAAUCGAUUCAGACUCACUUCCAUUGUCAGACUCUGUGGCAUCAGUACACUUCCCUGCCAAAUGGCCUCCCAUUAAUCAGCUCCCUUUGGGCUUUGUUCGUGGGUAUCAAACAUGGGAGUUGAAGCCGUAUGACUCUGUUACCUUUGUAGACUCCCGAGCUGCUAUGAUGGAUCUGAACAGUUUGGCUGUACGAGCUAUUCAAGCUGCAGUACCACUGUCUCCUUCCCAUCCAUACUAUGAAAUUCGUAUUAUCAAUGGUGGACAAACCUUCAAGAUCUCUUGUGGCCUUGCUCCUUUCAACUACUCCCUCAGUGCACACCCUGGCUGGCAGAAAGAGUCUAUUGGUCUGCACGCUGAUGACAGUAAACUGUUUCAUAAUAGUAACUCUAAACCUGUGUGUCCUCCUAUUCAUUACCGCGGCACAAUAAUAGGGUGUGGUUUAAGAUUUCCUGAGAGUGGGCAACCACGCUACGCAGAAGUUUUCUUCACGGUAAACCGGAAGCUAGUUGCCACAAAGCUAGUAAAGAUACCUCAACUUGGAUAUUAUCCAACAAUUGGUGUGCGAACUAAAGGAGGUAUAGUUUCUGUUGACUUAUCUGCUCCAAGUCCACUACCUGAAAUGAAAGGACAAUUCAGAACUGCAUGGGGUGAGAUUCAAAACAUGAAGGUAGAAGGCAACAUUGUUCAAUUAGCUUCUCACUCUGAGCCUGGGGCAAUCAUUCAAGCCGCACCUCUGAGAAUACAAGACACCUCUUACUUCAGAAUUACGCCACUCACUGAGAGAAGUGGCCGAAUUCUGAUCGGUUUCUCAACUUCCAAGUGUUCUCCUUUGAAUUUUUUGAGAUCCAAUAUGGAAGGCAUGAAAGCGUAUGCUAUUGACAUCGCCACGGGAGUGGUGCUGAUAUACGACCAUUACUUUCAAACAAAAGAGUCUUUUGGUCCUCAAAGUGGAGCAGAAUUCGGAUGUGGUCUUUUACCUCAACCAUCAAUGAACAAAAUAUUGUUCUACUGUACAGUUGAUGGUCAAGCUGUUUCGUACACUGCUGUUGAUGAAAUCAGUAACGAAGUUUACCCGUUUCUCAUUAUGAUGGACUCCCACACUCAAGUGUUAGUCGAUAUGUGUGCACUGUGGCCCACAGUCAGCCCAGUGGGACAAGGUUGGGCUAGGCAUGCAAAUGUCAAACUACAUGAGUCCAAGCUUACUCACACAGCUCUCCUGGGAAAAAAGAAAUUCCCCGUAGGAUUUUUGCAGUCCAGCACACCUCUCACACAGUUCUCAUCGUAUUUCGAUGUCGAAGUUUGUUCCAGAGCUACUGACAAAGCGAUAGCCAUUGGUCUUGCAUCUACAAGGUACCCAAUGAACUCUUGGGUAGGCUGGGGAGCUGAAUCUAUUGCAUAUCACUUGGAUGACGGCAAGCUAUUCAAACAUUCGAGUUUGGGUCACAAUUUCGGACCCAAAGCUUUUACUGGCGAUACAGUUGGUUGUGGUUUGAGAUUUGGAACAAGUGGUCUAACAGUAAAAGGAGACGAAAAAUUGGAAGUGUACUUCACAUUCAAUGGCGGCGUUAUAGGCACUCAAAAGGUAACCAUCCCUACUGGAGGUUUGUUCCCCACUGUUUGUAUUGAGUCACCGUCAGAAUCGAUCGUUUUCAACCAGCACAAUCAAUUCCCCCCUGUCUCUAGCAUGGUCUGUGACAGUCAAUGGUCGAAUGCAUACUGUGUGGUUCAAUCAGGUCAACUACUGCAAAGCAGCCAGCGCAGUCUUCUUCCAACAAAACACAAAGGUUUUUGCCAAUCUAAAUCACCAUUCACACCCUGUAAGAGCUACUUUGAGGUUUUGAUCACAGGAUGCAAAGAAAAAUCACAGAUUCAAGUUGGCUUAUGUAGUGUCAUCCCUCACGGCUGUACAACUCCUAACACAUAUGGAGUUCUGUACAGUAUGGCCGGUCAGAUAUUCAUAAGAAGAAUUAGCAGAAAUGGAACACAGACGUACACCUCAAACUCACAAAGAGCAAGUAUAGGCGAUAGACUGGGAUGCAUGGUUAUAUUCAAGGAAAAUGUAGCUUGUAAUGUUGAGUUUUAUCUCAAUCGAAUGAAAGUGAGCAGUACAAAUAUCACUGGCUUUUGGAUAUCUCAACUUGUGUACCCAACAAUUAUUCUGGCUACUCCAGAAGAUUCAGUUAUUCCAUUUCUGAGCAUCCCCAAGCCAGUAUGGGACCCCACCUCCCUCACAGGGUGGCUCCGAUCGGAACGGGUACUACUACGUGGCAGGGUUAUUGAGUACACUAGUGCUGGUAGAACGGAUGGAGAUGUGGGUGUGGCCCAAGUCAGCCAAGCACUCCAAGUAUCGAAACAUUCCUAUUUUGAGAUUGAAGUCCUCGAUACAGGAGAGAAAUGCACAAUUGGAAUUGGAUUAGCACCAGCUGAUUACCCACUAGGAAGACAUCCGGGAUGGGAACGAGACUCCAUUGGUUACCAUGGCGAUGAUGGGCGACUGUUUCAGUACUCCGGAAGUGGUCAUGCCUUCGGUCCGUCAUGGAAGAAAAAUGACGUAGUUGGACUCGGAAUUAGGUCACACUCUACUGAUGCGGCUCUAUUAUCUGAGGUGCAGGUGUAUUUCACUAGAAAUGGCGAUGAACUUGGCCAUACUACACACAAGGUGCCAGCUAGCGGCCUGUUUCCAACGAUAGGAAUGCACAGUUCUGGUGAGAAGGUCAAGAUCAAAAUGAACAGCUCAGUAAAUGCACCGUGCAAUAUAGAACCUGGACGAAGUUUUUGGAGAACUCUUUGUGGCAUUAAUGUCACCAGUGGCAGUGAAGAUUCUCAGAUCCUAACAUACAGAGAAAAUGGGCGAGAAAUAUCUAAAAUUCGAGUGAUGACAUCACUCGCUACAGCUGCUACACCAUUCUCAAGUGACAUGCAGUACUUUGAAGUUAACCUGCUCGGAGUGGGGCCGGUUGGAAUCGCAGUGGGCGUUGUCCCAAAUGAGUUCCCCCUGGAUCAUGCAACUGGUUGGACGAAUGGCUCGGUAGCGUAUCACACUGAUGAUGGGUGUCUGUAUACAGGCUCAACCAAGGGAAAUGUAUUUGGACCAGUACCCCACAAAGGUGACAUAAUUGGGUGUGGUCUGGCCUUCUCGCCGAGCAACACGAAGUACUGCUCUGUGUUCUUCACUUAUAAUGGCUGCGAGAUAGGUCGUGUCCGCUCCAGCUACACGGAUGGUGGUCUCUUCCCCUCGAUCACCUUCACCAGCUCAAUGGACAAGGUGUCCGUACGAAUGAUGGAGACAUUCAAACCAAAGCAUCCUCAGGCAAUGGACCUAUUUGUUGGGCUAAUGAGGAUCCAGAAUUGCUCCUACUCCGACCAGCUGGUACGUUUCUCUGGAGCUGGUAACAGUGGCUACACUAAUGCUCCGGCUAUGGCCCAGUUUGCAGUACCUCUACAUAAAAAUUGGAACUACUUUUCAGCUAACAUCGUAAAACGUUCGGACACAAUUUUGAUUGGACUUGCAGCCAAGGAUUUCCAGGUGCGUUAUGCACCAGGAGCUGCUUCAGUCUCAAUAGCGUACAACAUUAUGGCUGGUAAAGUGAAGGCAGUAUACAACAGUGACGAACAUCAUAGCUUGGAUGCUCCCCCCUGUUACCGUGGAGACACUGUCGGGUGUGGGAUAGAUCACAGCGAGUCGAAGGAGGAAGGAGAACAUGUUUUCUUCACGAGAAAUGGAGCUCUUGUUUGCAGAGUGAAGCUUGCAGAACUGAUGGACGAUUUGUACCCCGUGGUGGGUUUUGUGUCAAUGAACAGGAACUCUGUCGUAUUCAUGGAUUGGAGCACCCCUGUAUAUCAGCCACGGAACAUGCUGUGAUUGAUGAACUUAAUUGUGUAUAAGGUUCGAUCCCCAUUAUUUUUAUGACAUUGCUUGUCUGUUAUAAUUUUACGUAUGUAAUUCCCACCACAUAAUUAUUUUGCACGUUCUGUUCAAUUGAUUUGUGUCCAUAUACAAUCAGUACAAUGUAUAAUCAUGUACAUGCACGACUGUAUUGCUUGCUUUUUAUUCAUGCAAUUGCAAGUAUAAGUG